AUGCGUUUUAAUUCGAUUUCCCUCUUCCCUACAAAACUUUCCCUGUUCCUCCUGUUCUGCAAAAUAAUGCGGCUCCCAACUCUUCUCAGUCUUCUCUUCCUUGUGGCAUUUUCUACUGUGAAAUGUAACUAUAGGAGUCGUCAAGUGCCUUCAGGGUGGGCUAAGACGGUCCUAGAGAAUCAUAUUCACGCGCUUGGAGGAGCAAUCAGGAGCCAGAACAGGGAGCUUUUGGGCAAGUUGUUCAGAGCGGAUGAAACAAACACAAUUGAAAUUCUUCUUUCCAAGUACAAAACUGCAAAGUUCUCUGUGCAAAACGCCCAAUACGUUGGUUCUGACUACAAGGAGAUUCAGGGAAGUGUCCGGGUAAAGCCUGAAGGAAAGAUCGUAGUCACCUUGGCCCAUAAUGGAAGAGCCCAACUGGAUGGAUCAUCGAAAAAAUUGGAGAACGCAGAUCAUUUUUGAAUGUUGUUUGAAUAAAGUACAUUUUUAAGCUGUCAAAAU